AUGGCAUCACAGGCAUUGUUCUCCGGUCUUGAGCUAGGCAUUUUUGACAAGAUAGCCGCCGCUGGCGAGAAAGGAUGUGCUGCCAAAGAUGUGCAGCAGGCCUGUGGUGUCGAAGGCCCGAGGCUGACGACUUUGCUGACUGCCUUGACAGCCGUGAAGUGUUUGCGCCGCAGCGAUGAGGGUCUGUACACCUUGUCGCCAAACACUUCUCAGUACAUGGUGUCUUCCUCGAGACACUACUACGGCGAUUACUUGCAGUACCAGAUUGGACGUCAGUUCUACCAUCGGAUGGGAGCGCUUCCAGAAGUCAUGACAACCGGCAAAGCUCCGAGCUACGCGUCCUGGUUCUCUGAUCCAGAAGUUGCCAAGACCUACACGCAGGCACAGCACAACGGAUCCGUGGCAACCGCCAAGUACCUUGUGCGGAAGAAGCUCGAACUUGGUGGAAUCAAUUCCAUGCUUGACGUUGGAGGUGGCUCUGGAGCUUUCUCAUACGUUUUCACCGAGGCCACCCCGGGCCUCAAAUCAACAGUGCUGGAGUUGCCAGAGGUGUGUCGAACAGGUGAGGGCAUCAAGGCUCAGCAGCCUCAGGACAUUCAGGACCGUGUGAAUUUUGUGGAGCUUGACGCGACAAGCCCAGAUUGGCCGGUUAGUGACAGUAACUACGACAUCGUGCUGAUGUCCUACAUCAGCGGCUCCGUCCCUGAGAGCGUCAUCCUGCCCCUCUACAAGAAUGCUUUCAAGGUGACAUGGAUUGCCCACGAGAUGGCGUGUCGUCCCGUGUUAUGA